CAGCCAGUGCAUCGCGCCCCUCCUGCACGCCUCGCUCUCUUCUCUGUCUCUCUCCGCUCGCGCUCUCCUCUCCGCGAACGGUGAAAUCAGCCGCACCGCUGUCACUUUCACCGCCAUACGGGGACAUGUACUGACGCGGAGAGGAAGACGCAUCUCAACCAGCUCUCCAAGGCGGCAUAGUGAUUUCAGCGUCACUUUUGUGGAUUAUUGUUUACUUGCAGCAACAAGCCGACGAUGGAGGAGUCCAGCUCACAGAAGUUGGUUUGGGAUGGAGACGCAAAAGCGGUGCAGCAAUGUCUCACGGAUAUAUUCACCAGCGUCUACACCACAUGUGAUAUUCCAGAAAAUGCCAUAUUCGGGCCUUGUGUACUGAGUCACACGUCGUUGUAUGACAGCAUAGCCUUCGUAGCGCUCAAAUCAACGGACAAACGAACUGCGCCUUACAUAUUCAGGGUGGACACGUCUGCAACUAACAGCACGUCGGAGGGCUUGAUGUGGUUGCGGCUUGUGCAGUCCGCACGGGACCGGGAUGAGCAAAACUUAGAGGCCUACGUGAAAAAUGGACAGCUGUUCUACCGGUCCCUCCGGAGGAUCGAAAAGGACGAAGAGCUGCUGGUCUGGUACGGGAAAGAUCUAAUCGAGCUGCUACUGCUGAGCGCCGGCAAAGCGCCAGCCAAACUCAAGGGGUCCACUCCCUAUUCAUGUCCUGACUGCAACCAGCGCUUCCAGUUUGAGUUCCCCUUCCUGGCCCACCUGAGGUUCCGCUGUACCAAGAGACUCUCGAGCAUGGGAGCCGGUGGAUUGGAUGAGGAGGUCCCUACUAAGGAGCCAAGCACCGAGCGCCCUAACCCACCCCCUACAACCACCACACCCAGCCGAGCUAGCCCAAAGCUGGGUCGCUCAGAGGCUGACAACCCAAAACCCUCUACGGACUUCCAUAACCUUGCCAGAGACCUGGAGAACAGUCGGACUAGCCCACCCAGCGAUCGCGAGGCUGAGAUCCGCAGCGAGAGCUCUGGAAAAAGGAAGUUCUCAGAGGCGGAGGACCGGGACAGAGACGGUGCCAGAGUUCCCCCCCUGAGUUUGUCCCAAUCCCUGAAGUCCAAGGAGGAGCUCGCUAGUUCGGCUCAGAACUACAGGGGAGCAUAUGGCCUGGAGGAGAACCGACGAGGAGCCCCGUUCUCCCCACCAGGGUCAGGGUCGACUGAGUCAAGUGGUGAGGGGAAGCGGAGCGCUUUCACUGAGGUCAAGAAGUCUCCGCAGAGCAUGAAGACCCAUGGUAACAGCGGCAGCACCAAAAACCUCCAGAGUUCCAACGCAGAGAACAAGGAGGGGGGCCGGCCCAGCCCCGGCAACACCCACCCCCAGGAAAAGCACCUCAACAUCAGGCAGGUCCUGUCCGAGACCCAGCCUCCCCAGACCCGUAUGGAGGCCUCUCCACUAGGGAGUGCCUUCACCUCUGUGGCCCAACAGGGUGGGGGUAACGGCGGGGAGAGGAAGAGCGCCUUCAGCCAACCAUCGCGUCACUCCUCCUCCUCUUUCUCCCAGAUCUCGCCUCUAGUCAUGACCACGCCCAAACUCCUGGACUGUCACCCGACUGUCGGUGACACCAUCUCCUCCACCCGGCUGUACCAGGCAGACCACCUGGCUGCCAAACUCCAGGGCGCCGAGCUGGGAGCCAACUGUCCCGUGCCGGGAGCCAUGUCCAAGCAAAGCCCGUUCCUGUACGCCGCAGCCGCCGCCACCGCCUUCUGGCCCAAGAACCAGGGACCAAUCCAGCUGCAAAUGCCUUCGGCGCUGACCUUACUGCCGCCCUCCUUCACCUCGCUCUGUCUCCCAGCCCAGAACUGGUGCGCCAAGUGCAACGCCUCCUUCAGGAUGACCUCUGACCUGGUGUACCACAUGAGGUCGCACCACAAGAAGGAGUUUGCCAUGGAGCCCAUGGUAAAGAGGAGGCGUGAGGAGAAACUCAAGUGUCCAAUCUGCAAUGAGUCCUUCAGGGAGAGGCAUCACCUCUCGCGUCACAUGACCUCCCACAACUGAGCGACUUUGAGAUAAACCCCCCCACUGGGCCAACCUGGGCUGGACUGAGCCGACCAGACCUCAGAAUUCACUGAAGGAACCCCUUGUUGGACAAUAUGUGUAGAAUAUUCUGUAGCCCAGACGGUUCUGUAUGGUUCUGGUAAUUCAUUGAAGUUGCCGGGCCUAACCUUGAAGAACAAUGUAAAAAAGAAUAUAGCUACGCCAGCGCAGUGGGUUCUGGGACAGUUAUCACAGACACCAGGGAGAAACAGACAGAAGUGGCAUUACUGACUGCGUGGCUGAUCAAAUCACUGACUGACUGACUGAAUGACAGGACAUACACCACUUAAGGAGCACUU